AUGGAUCCGAGACUAGAGGAAGCAGCUUAUGCGGGAGACCUCACUUUGUUGCGGCGUUUGCUACAAGAAGACCGGCUCCUGCUCCACAGGCAAGCCAUCGCCGCGGCUCACCUGUCGGACAGCCCCCUCCACAUCGCUGCAUCGCUCGGCCACUCCGACCUGGUCCGGGAGAUCCUCACCGUAAACCCGGAGCUCGCGCAUGGCCGCAACCGCGAAGGCCUUUCCGCCUUGCACCUGGCCGCUGCCCAAGGCCACUUAUCCGUGGUGAACGAGCUGCUGCAGUACGCAGCCGCUGCCAAUCUCUGCUUGGCGACCGACAACGAUGGCUUCAUGCCGGCCCACACUGCAGCCUUACGAGGCAGGCUUGAUGUAUUGACUGUGUUACUGGAUGCGUGCCCGGAGUCCGCGCGAGCUGUGACAUCGCAAGGUGACUCCAUCUUUCAUCUUACUGUGAAAUCAAACAGCUUCGAGACCGUGCAGUUCUUGCUGAACAGAACAGAUGAAAACGAUGAGCUGCUCAACUCCGGAGAUGCGAAAGGCAACACCGUCCUGCACCUUGCUGUGGCCAGAAAACAGCUCCAGAUCGUGAAGUUGCUUCUGGGAAGGCGAGGUAUCGAAGUUAACGCCACAAACAUGAGAGGCGAUACCGUCCUUCAUAUGCUACUGGAUUCACCCUUCCAACAUGGAGAUCUAUUGUUGGGAGAACUGAUUCCGGCAGCAGGUGGAAGAACCGCCGCAGAAGAAGGGAAGACUCAACCGAAGUCGUCACCGAGUGAUGCCAGAGCCUCUGCCACUAUCGCGUCACACAGAAGCCGACCAAAUCGUUGGAACCCCUUCCGACGCCAGGCUCGACCUUCUAAGGAUAACCGCAGCCCCCGAAAAGUAUUGUCUGAACUUAAAGAAAGGUACAACAACAAUCCAGCAACACUAAUGUUGGUGGCGACGUUGAUCGCCACCAUCACAUUCCAAGCUGGGCUAAACCCCCCUGGUGGGUUUAAGCAGAAAGAUGAUGAUGGGCCGACUCCCCCCAAUACAAAAGUCAAUUUUCAUGAGAGUUCAAGUGAAGGAGAGGCGGUUCUAAAAUAUGGUCUCAAGUUAUUCCUGCUGUUCGACAUGUUCGGGUUGUUUGCAUCCUUGAGCAUCAUCCUCUUGUUGAUAUGUUGUGUGCCCAGACGGACUAAAAUGGCGAUGGGAAUCCUAAAGUGGAUUCUAUGGCUGGCGGUGUUCUCGACGGCAUUAGCAUUCUCGACCGCCAUUGUGCGAAUAUUUUCCUAUCAGCUCGACACUGUCAUCCUUCUCAUGAGUUGGUUCGGAAUUCUCAGUCUCUUCAUGGUGGAUGCUGGAAGAAGAAAGAUGGAGAAGGAGAAAGCCAUGGAGGCCCCACAAGGGCCGUUGCCAUCUGCACGAAGAUUUUGGUGGGCGUGUUGA